AUGAUCAGGGGAUGGAGAGAAGUCCUUAGUAGAACAACUACUAGUAAAAAUAAUGAGAGAUCAAACACACAGCAACAAACAGAAGCUCCUGUUACCACCCCUUUACCACCAGAUUCGCCUAAACCAAAUAUUAUUAUUGAUUCAUCAAAUGUGAUAGCGUCCCAAACAAAGAUCAAUAUGAACAAUAGUAUGCCUUUUAUGCAUAAUACUCAUGUCAAAUCGAGUGAUGCUCCAAAGACAGGUCCUUUACAUCAUCGUUUGAAGAAUGCCCCUAUAGAUCAAAUUCCAAUAAGUAAAACCCCACGACGACAAAAAUCAUCUCGUUUCUAUGUAAAAGAAAAGAUUAAGCUUGAACCUACACCAGCUUUUCAUGAGGUUCCAAGUCAUAUGCGGCCUGAUUUAUUCAUUAAAAAGCUUAAGCAAUGUACAGUAGUCUUUGAUUUUAGUGAUGCAUCUGCAGAACUUCGAGAAAAAGAAAUUAAACGUCAAACAUUACAAGAAAUUUUGGAUCAUAUCUCUAUGAAUAGAGGAGUCUUGACUGAAAAUGUAUAUCCAGAGAUAAUUAAUAUGUUUGCUAUUAAUCUUUUUCGUCCAAUCCCACCACAAGUAAAUCCAGUAGGCGAUGCGUUUGAUCCAGAGGAAGAUGAACCUGUAUUAGAAUUAGCUUGGCCUCACUUACAAACUGUAUAUGAAUUCUUUUUAAGAUUUUUAGAAUCCCCUGAAUUUAAUAUUAAUUAUGCAAAAAAACACAUUGACCAUAAAUUUAUACACCAGUUAUUGGAUCUCUUUGACUCUGAAGAUCCUAGAGAACGUGACUAUCUAAAGACAACGUUACACAGAAUAUACGGGAAGUUCUUGAAUCUUCGUGCCUUUAUUCGAAGAUCCAUCAAUAAUAUCUUUUUUGAAUUUAUAUAUGAAACAGAGAGGCAUAAUGGAAUUGCUGAAUUUUUAGAAAUUCUUGGAAGUAUUAUUAAUGGAUUUGCUUUACCUCUGAAGGAAGAACAUAAGCUCUUUUUAUUUCGUGUAUUGAUUCCAUUACACAAAGCAAAAUCAUUAGCCUUAUAUCAUCCUCAAUUAGCUUAUUGUGUAGUUCAAUUUUUAGAGAAAGAUAGAAAUUUGACUUACGAGGUUGUUACUGGUAUUUUACGUUAUUGGCCAAAAGUGAACAGCCCUAAGGAAGUUAUGUUUUUAAAUGAAAUGGAAGAAAUUCUUGACAUCAUAGAUCUACCAGAAUUUCAGCAAGUGAUGUGUCCCUUAUUCACUAAAAUUAGUCAAUGUGUUGCAAGCUCUCAUUUUCAAGUAUCUGAAAGAGCAUUGUAUUAUUGGAGUAAUGAUUAUAUUGUCAGUCUAAUGGCCGAAAAUAUGAAGGCUAUUAUGCCAAUUAUAUUCCCUACUUUAUACAAGACAUCAAAAACACAUUGGAAUAAAACAAUUCUUAGUCUAGUUUACACUGCAUUAAAACUUUGUAUCGAUAUUGACUCAGCCUUGUUUGAUGAAUGUGCUAAUGAAUACAAAAAUCAAAGACAACUGGAACGUAUACGUCAAAAAGAAAGAGAGGCAAAUUGGAAACUUUUACAACAUAAAAUAGAAAGAAUGAAAGAACCUAAACAAUUAAUUGAAAAUCAAGAAGAAGCAAAUAAUGAUGAUACAUCACUACAGCUUAUUUUUUUAAAUGACCAUGUUUUUAAUGAAUUAUCACGUCAUAUUAGCUUAGAAGAGAUUCUUAGUCAGAAACCUGGUGCAGCAACAAGUAGUAGUCAGAUAAAUGACAUUUCCUCUUCUUCUAUUUAA